AUGAAGUUUCUCUGUCUCCCGGGUGGAUUUUCGAGUGCCAAAACUCUUCAAACCCAACUAGGCCCGCUCUGCGAGGCACUUGAAUCCCAUGGCGAUGCUAAGUUUCAUUUCACCCAAGGCUCUGUCCCCAUGUAUUUGCCGGACAGUGUCCAAGGAUUUUUUGGACCACCACCCAACUUUUCAUUUGCAAAGGUGGAUCGCCCAGACUUGGUGAACUCGAAUCUACGAGGAUUUCCAAAGCGCGAUACUCCGGAGGCUAGUAUCAAAUGCGCCUGGGAAAAGGCCGGUAAUCCAUCGUUUUCUUGUAUUGCAUCGGUCAUGGACGACCUGAUUAAAAUUCUGGAAAACGAUAAUGAGAUUGAGGGUGUCAUGGGCUAUUCCGAAGGAGCCGAGAUCGCAGCUACGCUUCUUCUCGAAGAACAAAGAAGAUAUAAGGAGUCAGGCAGGAUUCCGAGGCUCAAAUGUGCAGUCUUCUUAAGUGGUUGGCCUCCUGUGGAGCCCGUCACUGGCGGAUGCAUUUUGGCUGAUGAUUUCGAGGACGAGGUUAUCAAGAUUCCCACUUGCCAUAUUCUGGGUGCUGCUGACCCAUUUCUGGAUGGAGCCAUGGCCCUCUAUAACAUGUGUGAUCCUGACACAGCCGAUAUCUUCGAUCAUGGAGGUGGUCAUGUUAUUCCACGCAAUAGGGAUGUCGUGCAUCAAGUUGGUGAAGUUAUCCAAGAAAUGAUAUCUUCCGUGGAAGUUGGUGCAUGA